UGCAAGGUACUCUGGCUGGCAAAUAGCCUAUGUUCUAUGGGGCUACCUCAUUAUUCACGUGGUGCAGAGCCUAUGUGGCAUGGCAAUCAUGUACGGCCUGGUGCUGCCCAUCGUUCAAACCAGGGCCUGGAGAUGCUGCAAGGGCUGGGCAUCGGGAUGAAAGCGUUCCACAACUUCAACUACUUCCUUUUCUUCUACAACGUGCUACUGGGCCUGGGUGCCUGCCUUUCCAGGCUGCUCAUCAGUUGCCUCCUUGGCACGUGGCUGAUUGCCCGCAUCGACAGGACUAUCAUGCAGAAUGGCUAUGAGGGAGCAGACAUGGGGUUCAGUGCGUGGAUCGGGAUGCUCUAUGUGGACCAUUAUCACACCAACCCUGUGCUCGUCAGCUUUUGCCACAUCCUGAUCGCAAAUCACAAGGAGAAGAAACUGCAGCAGACCACCAAAUACUGGUGCCUAAAUCAAUCGGCAGAAUCCCUUCGGAUUUGCGCCCUGCGCGGCGGGGAGAACCGGCCUCCUGCUCGAGUUCGGAGCUCAUCUGAGGAAUUGGAAUUGAGACACCAAAGCCCAGACGCGUUUCCUGGACGACGGCUUCCCGGCAGGGGCAUACAGCCAGCGGCCAAGAUGUCGUCAGUGGGGAAGGUGACCCAGGUUCCGAGUGGGAAAGCCUACCAGCAGAUCUUCCAGGCUGAGGUGCAGCUGGUCCACUCCCUGGCGGCCACCAGGAAGCGGGCUGCAGAGCAUUCUGUGACCCUGAAGAGUGGCAGGAUACCCAUGAUGAAGAAGGUGGAGACUCCUGAAGGGGAGGUGAUGUCUCCUCGACAGCAGAAGUGGAUGCACAGCCUCCCCAACAACUGGAUCAUGGAAAACCCUGUUCUCCACAGGGAAAAGGAAAGAGCCAAGAGAGAAAAAGCCCGAGAGAGUGAGAGCACCAUCGCUGCCCGAGAAGUGCGGGGUCUCAUGGACACUAUGGUUCCUGAGAAGAUGAGCACCAGCACCUUUCAAAGGCGAGCAGAACACAAGAGGAGGAGCUACGAGGGCGCUCUGGCCAGCUUUGAGGAGGAGAUUGCGCAGGUUGGAAAGGAAAUGGAAGCUCUCAUUGUGGACACAGCGGGACUUUUUUUGAAGAAGCUGACCGAGUCUGAUGAAGAAAUGAACCGUCUCUUCCUAAAGGUGGAAAACGACACCAACCUUGAGGACUACACCAUCCAAGCCCUGCUAGAGCUGUGGGAUAAGGUGGCCAGGCGGUUCCUGCUCCAGAAGCAGGAGAUUAAGGAGCUGGAUGAGGCCCUGCACUCGCUGGAGUUCUCUCGAGUCAAUAAACUAAAAGGUGUGUUGAAGAAAUAUGCUGAAGUCAUAGAGAAAACUUCAUACCUCAUGCGGCCCGAUGUGUACAAGCUGAUAAAUAAAGAAGCCAUGGUCAUGAACUAUGCCCUGCUGGGCAACCGGAAGGCCCUCGCCCAGCUGUUCAUCAACCUGAUGGAGUCCACCCUGCAGCAGGAGCUGGACAGCCGCCACCGCUGGCAGGGCUUGGUGGACACCUGGAAGGAUCUCAAGAAGGAAGCCCUGCUGCAGAGUUUCAGUGAGUUCAUGGCCAGUGAGAGUAUCCAUACUCCCCAGGCUGUGGUGAAGGAGCUAGAGGUCAUGCUGAAGACCCAGAACGUUCUGCAGCAAAGGCGGCUGAAGCACCUCUGCACCAUCUGUGACCUCCUGCCCCCCAAUUACAGCAAAACUCAGCUGACUGAGUGGCAUUCUUCCCUCAACUCCAUGAACAAGGAGCUAGACACCUACCAUGUGGACUGCAUGAUGCGGAUCCGCCUGCUGUAUGAGAAGACGUGGCAGGAGUGCCUGAUGCUUGUGCAGAAUUGUAAGAAGCAGCUGCUGGACUGGAAAGCCUUCACUGAGGAGGAGGCAGAGACCCUGGUGAACCAGUUCUUCUUCCAGACGGUGGGAGCACUCCAGGGCAAGGUGGAGGAGGACCUGGAGCUCUUGGACAAAUCCUUCGAGACCCUGGCAGAUCAGACAGAGUGGCAGAGUUCGAACCUCUUCAGGUACUUCCAGGAGGCGGUACAACUGUGGGAGGCACACCAGAGCAAGCUGUUGGUGCAGGAGCUGGAGCUGGAGAAGAGGAUGGAGCAGCACCAGCAGAAGCACAGCCUGGAGAGCCAGGUCCAGGAGGCCCACCUUGAUAGGCUCUUGGACCAACUGAGGCAGCAGAGCGACAAAGAAACACUGGCGUUUCACCUGGAAAAGGUCAAAGAUUAUCUGAAGAACAUGAAAUCCAGGUAUGAAUAUUUUCACACCCUCCUGACAAAGGAAGUGAUGGAGUACCCAGCAAUCAUACUGAAAGAACUCAACUCCUACAGCUCCAACCUCAGCCAAUACUUCUUUGUGCGUGAAAUAUUUGAGCAGAACUUGGCUGGAGAAGUCAUUUUCAAAUUCAGGCAACCAGAAGCACAUGAAAAAUCCUUCCAGAAGAGAAUGAGGAAACUGAGGAAGAAGCAAGGGUCUAAAGAGGACAUGAGCAGAAGUGAGGAAAGCAUAAGUAGUGGGACAAGUGCUGCCACAUCAGUAGAAGAGAUGGAAGAAGAAAAUGAUCAAGAAAUGGAGUCCUUUAUAACUGAAGAGGUGCUGGGGCAGCAGAAAAAAUCUCCACUGCAUGCUGAGAUGGAUGAGUCCAAAGAAGGCUCUAUUCAGGGAUUAGAAGAAAUGCAGGUUGAAAGAGAGAGCUCCUUAAACCCAUCCCUGAAUGAGGAGAAUGUGAAGGGUCAAGGAGAAGAGAAGGAGGAGUCACAGGAAGAAGAUGAGAAGGAGGAAGAGGAGGAGGAGGAGGAUAAACUGGAGGAAGAGGAGGAGGAGGAAGAUAAACUGGAGGAAGAGAAGGAGGAGAAGGAGGCACAGGAAGAGCAAGAGAGUUUAUCUGUGGGUGAGGAAGAAGACAAGGAAGAGGAUCUGGAGGAGAUAUACUAUGAGGACAUGGAGUCCUUCACAAUCUCCAGUGGAAACACAUAUUUUGUCUUCGUACCCCUGGAAGAAGAAGAGCAUUGCAGGAAGUCCCAUUCCACCUUCUCAGCCAUGUUCAUCAGCGACACUUCCAGUGCCAAGUUCAUAGAACAAGUGACAAUUCCAUCGAGACUAAUUUUAGAAAUUAAGAAACAACUUCGAGCUGGCUUCUUCGAGCACCUCGAGAAGUGGUUUGACCAGUGUUCCCUCAACACCCGGGUCACCGUGGCCACCAAAGUCAAUGAGCUGGAUUCAGAACUGGAGCUGCAUCUGCACCUGCACCAGCCAAGAGCCCAGCAGAUUGAAAAAGACAUCCACAACGUCAGGGCAGCGGAGCUCUUACUUCAUCAAGAGCGGUUGGACAGCCACUGUGCUGGGGUGACCGAGACGCUGAAGAAGGAGCGGCUGAUGUUCUGCCAGUUCCAAGAAGAGCAAAAUGUGAGGAGCAAAAACUUCCGCCUCAAGAUCUAUGACAUGGAGCACAUCUUCUUGAAUGCCACCAGAAGCCAAAAGCUGGUCAUUCUCAGCAACACACUGCACCAGGAGUUGCUUAGCUAUGUUGACGUCACCCAGGUGUCCCUGCGCAGCUUCCGGCAGUACUUGGAGGAGAGUCUGGGCAAACUCCGCUACUCAAAUAUUGAGUUCAUCAAACACUGCAGAUUGUUUUCAGAGGGAGGCAACUUUUCUCCUAAAGAAAUCAAUUCACUGUGUCACCGACUGGAGAAGGAAGCUGCCCGGAUAGAGUUGGUUGACAGUGUCAUCAUGCUCAACAUGGAGAAGAUGGAGAACGAGUACCUGGACCAGGCCAAUGAUGUCAUCAACAAGUUUGAAAGCAAAUUCCAUAACCUGUCUGUGGACCUUAUUUUCAUAGAGAAAAUCCAGCGGUUGCUGACGAAUCUGCAAGUGCACAUCAAGUGCCAGGUGGCAAAAUCCAAUUCACAAACAAAUGGAUUAAAUUUCUCUCUGCAACAGCUUCAGAACAAGAUAAAAACUUGUCAAGAGUCCAGGGGAGAGAAAACCACAGCGACCACAGAAGAACUCCUCGGCUUCGUCCAAACUUGGAAAGAAAAACUGAGCCAGAGGAUUCAGUACCUUAACUGCAGCCUGGACAAGGUGUCCAUGACUGAACUGGUCUUUACAAAUACCAUCCUGAAGGACCUGGAGCAAGAGAGUGACAUCCUGACAUCUUCAGAAGCCCUUGAGGAGGAGGCCAAGCCGGAUGUGGUCACCCCUGAGUCCUUCGCCCAGCUGAGCCGCAUGGGGAAGCCCCUGAUUGAAGACCCAGCUGUGGAUGUGAUCAGGAAGAUCCUACAACUUCCCAACACAAAAUGGCCAACCCACCAUUGUGACAAAGAUCGGUCCCAGACAGGCUUCAAGCGACAUCGGUGCCGGCCAGAAAACUCUGGGAAGAAGGCUGUGCCCAGCGCCAGUGGCACCUCUGCAAGCAGCUUCACACGGCACCCCAAGCUCAACAAAAUGGAGAGAAAGUACCAGGUGCUUGGGGACAAGCCUCCUCCUGCUGCUGAGGAUUUUAAGGGGAUCAUCUUGACCCUCCUCUGGGAAAGCAAUGAGAACCUGCUGGCGGUUGCAGAGGAGUUCUACCGUAAAGAAAAACGCCCGGUCACCAGGCCUGAUUGCAUGUAUGACACCUUUGACCAGUGCGCCGAGAACAUCGGCAAAAAGAUCCUGGAUUACCAGAGCCAGGCAAAUAAGUACCACAACUCCUGCCUCAUAGAAUUACGGAUCCAGAUGAGGAGAUUUGAGGAGCUGCUGCCCCAAGUGUGUUGGCUGGUGAUGGAGAAUUUCAAGGAGCACCACUGGAAAAUGUUUUGCACCUCCGUAAAGGAGAUCCGAGGACAGUUUGAGGGACAGCAGAAGCAGCUGGAGAAAAGAAAGGACAAAAAUGCCCAGAAGCUCCAUCUAAAUCUUGGACACCCCAUACAUUUCCAAGAAAUGGAGUCUCUACACUUAAGUGAAGACAAAAGGCAGGAAGAGCUGGACAGCAUGAUUAGGAUGAACAGGGAGAAGCUGGAGGAAUGUACCAGAAGGAAUGGCCAGGUUUUCAUAACCAACUUGGCUGCCUUCACCGAGAAGUUCCUACUGCAGUUGGAUGAGGUGGUCACCAUUGACGACGUCCAGGUUGCAAGGAUGGAGCCCCCCAAACAGAAAUUAUCAAUGCUCAUACGAAGGAAACUCGCUGGGCUCUCCCUGAAGGAAGAGAGUGAGAAACCCCUGAUUGAACGUGGAAGCAGGAAGUGGCCAGGAAUCAAACCCACCGAAGUCACCAUCCAAAACAAGAUUCUUCUCCGGCCAACAUCAUCGAUAUCCACCACCAAAACCACCCUGGGCCACCUGGCAGCCGUGGAAGCCCGAGAUGCUGUGUACCUGAAAUAUUUAGCAUCAUUUGAGGAGGAGCGGAAGAGGAUCCAGGAUGACUGCACAUUUCAGAUGAAGGAGGCUCAGCGCUGGAAGGACAGCUGGAAGCAGUCCCUACACACCAUCCAGGGCCUGUAUGUGUGACCCUCCACCCCACCAUGAAUAAAUGCUUUCUUAUGCAGACUC